CUUCUCCCGGGGACACCGCCCGUCUUCCCGGGACUUCUCGUCCCCCCUCCCGGGGACACCGCCCCUCUUCCCGGGACUUCUCGUCCUCCCUCUUGGGGACACCGCCCGCUCCUCUCUUCCCCAGGACGCGGCGCCCCGUCCUUCCGGGGACAUCCCCUCUCUGCCCCUCAGGACAGCGUCUCCCGGGCCGCCACCCCCCGCCGCUCUUUCCUGGGACUCCGCCUCCUCCCCGGGACGCCCCUACUCCCCGUGUCCGCCUGUCCGCUGGCCCCUCUUUCCACCGAGUACAGCUGAGCCCGGCGGCCAGCCAGGCGUGCACGCUGUCCUUCCGCCCUCUUGUAGAGUGGCCCGUCCCUUGCCUUCCCAUGUUCCUGCCUGUGCCGCCGCGGCCGCCCGGUCACCCUGCCCCUGCUAGCUCUGCACCUGGCCUCCAGGUGGCUCCCCAGGCCCACAUCGGGUCUCCUCAGAAGAGCCAGCAGCAGCUCACUCUCGUGAUCUCCAGAGGCUGAGCCUUGUGGAUUUCUAAGGAAUAGUAUUGGCCAUGGGAAAAAUAUCACAGUCACAUUUGGGAAAAGCUCUCUUAAACGUAGACAGUUUCCCUUAACAUGGGUGUCGCUAAAGGCAGCCAUCACUGCAGCGUCUCCUGUGAUUGCAGAGCUGCCGUUAACAUUUGCUUGUUGCAUUUUUUCCCUAUGCUCGCUGAAAAGGCCUGUCAGCCUCGCCGGGCCGCUCACCUUGAAUUGUUACAUUUCAGUGUCCAGGGGGUCAUUUCACAGGGGCUGGGGCACGACGACCCAGCCUCACCCCCCACCCCGUGCCCAGCAUACAGUGGAGCUCAGUAAAUGUUUGUUAAGAGAACCGAGAACUGUGAAGUCCUAGGCGGUCGCUUAGCGUCGGCAUUCGUGUUUCUAGGUAUGGAUCAAAGGCUUUUAGAGUUGGUGGAGGACCUCACAACUUCUGGGGAACCCCAGCUGAACCCUGAGAAAAUGAAAGAGCUGAAGAAAAUUUGCAAGUCUUCGGAGGAGCGGCUGAGCCACGCCUACCACCUGCUGAUGACGCAGCUGCGCCAGGAGCACGCGGAGAUCCGCCUCUCCGCCUUCCAGGUGGUGGACGAGCUCUUCGUCCGCUCGCAGCACUUCAGGACACUGGUCGUUUCCGACUUCCAGGCGUUCCUGGAGCUCACGUUGGGCACUGACCACAAGCAGCCGCUGCCGCCCCCCAAGGAGGUGGCCCGGAGGCUGCGGCAGGCUGCGGCCCGGGCCGUGCAGGGGUGGAGCGAGAAGUUCGGCGCAGCCUACAAGAAGCUCGCCUUGGGCCACCACUUCCUGAAACACAGCCACCAGGUAGACUUUGCAGACGUGGACGUGAGGACUCCGGUGGAGAGAAGGCGAGGAGAGGAGCAGCAGAGGCACAGGGACAGGCUGUACCGGGGGCGGGCCGAGCAGGCGGUGCGGGAGAUGGCAGAAAUGGCGGAGGAGGCGCGACACUGCCUCACUGAGGUGGACAACUGCUUCCGGCUGCUGCUGCCCUUCGACUUCGGGCCUGGCCUGCCGGCCGCCCUGCCGGCCACGGCUGCGGCUGCGCCGGAGGAGGGCGCCCACGACCUUGGGCCCGAGGACGAGGCGCAGCCGUGCUGCAGCAAGACCCUGUGUGCCCGAGCUCGCCCCCCGGCAGCCACCGUCACAGGCGCCCCCUCGCAGAGUGCCGAGGACAAGGACGAAGAUGAGGACAGCGACCAGGAAGCGUUCGUGCGGCAGCACGGGCUGGGCUCCCACAAGUACACGCUGGACCUGGAGCUCUCCUCAGACGGCCUGAGGGUGCGUGAGGAUGAGGACAACGGCCCUGUCCUGCAGUCCGCCCGGGACGCACUCAAGCUCAUCCAGAACAAGUUCCUGCCGGCCGUGUGCACCUGGCUGCAGCUCUUCACCCGUGCAGGGACUCAGGGCGGGCACUUAGAGGCCGCCAUCGACCUGAAGGCGGAGCUGGAAGCCGCCCUGAGGAAGUCCAGGGAGCUGGCCAUCGAGCCCGAGGGGGUGCGCAGGACGGAGACGGCGGCCCUGGAGGACCAGGACGAGGACGAGGACGAGGACGACUUCGUGGAGGUCCCAGAAAAGGAGGGCUACGAAGCCUGCGUCCCCGCCCACCUGUGGCCCGAGGAUGGGCCGCAGAAGGACCAGGCUGCACGGGGCCCGCAGGCCAGGAUGAGGACGAGGAUGGACGAGGAGGCCUGCGACCCCACCUCUGCAGCCUCCCAGCUCCAGUGGCUCCGGGGCCGCCCGCCCCCACCCCCGCGCCCCAGGGCCGCCCUGGAGCCAGAGGAAGCUGGGAGGCUGGCGGCAGAGCGGGCCCGGGCUCCCGUUGUGCCCUUCGGGGCCGACCUGUGCUACUGGGGCCAGGAGCAGCCGGAGGCCGGGGAGGUCCACAGACCCGAGUCUCAGCACCGCUUCUGGAAGCCGAGUGAGGUGGACACGGAGGUGGACUGCGCCCGCGCGCUCGAGGGGCUCCGGACCCGCCGCAUCGCCUUCGCGGGGACGUUCGAGCCCGUGCAGCACCGGUGCCGUGCCCCGAGGCCGGACGGCCAGCUCUGUGAGCGCCAGGACCGGCUGAAGUGCCCAUUCCACGGGAAGAUCAUCCCCAGAGACGAUGCCGGGCAGCCCCUCGACCCGGAGGACCGGGCGCGGGAGCAGAGGCAGCAGCUGCAGAGGCAGGCCGAGCGCCCAGGUAGGCCUGCGGGCGGGCGGGCCCCGGAGUCACCCACGCAGCCCCUUGGAGUCUGCGGGGUCCCCUGUUACCCCCAGCCUGGUUGUUUGGGGGGUGCACUGCCCACGGGGGCUCACAGCAUGCUCGGGCUUCUGGUGGGGCGUCUUCCUGCAGCUCUUGACGGAGGCGUGAGCGGGCGCCGCCUGCCGCCGGCUGGCUGGUUGGGUUUGGGUUCCUGGCCACGUGAGUGCAGGUCUGGGCAGAUGGGCAGGCGUGCACAGUAUUCUAUUGGGGUCCUCGUCGGGGCCCCCCAUUUUCUGUCCAGUGGGCUUCAGCCACCUGAGUUAUUCUUAGGACAGUCCAGAGGCGCAGCUUGUGUAGGUGCCAUGCCGCAGGCUGGCGGCCGCUGGCCCAGCGGGGCCCCGAGCAGCAGGCCUGGCUGGCGACUUGCAGAGUGGCCGUCACUGCUGGGCGAAACCCUUGAGCAGCGGCCAGCACCCGCCCAUCCCCCGUCACCAGCGAGCCAGGUGGCCCUGUGUCAGAGAGGGGUUGCGGCUCAGGCAGCCACGGGAGUGGAUCUGGGCUCGGCCAGGGCCGGCGGGAGAGGCAGGGGCAAGAAGAGGCGGCAGUCCGGGCUGACCAACCUGAAGCAGCAGGCCAACACCGCCCGCACACGCAUCGCCAAGAAGAUCUUCGCUAAGGCGGCCGUGCAGAGGGUGGUCACAGCCAUGACCCAGAUGGACCAGAAGAAGCAUGAGAAGUUCGCAAACCAGUUUAACUACGCGCUGCACUAGAGGGUGGGCCAGGUGGCCACGGCCAUCAUCGCUGGUCCCCCGGCAGCUCCCGGGGCGGGACAGCGGGCGGCCCCACUGUGUGCGCCCAGUGUGCGGAGGCGCUGAUUAAAAUGCCCGGGUGCGGGCCUCCCCUGCCCUGAGGCCGCUGCUGUCGUGGUCACUGGUCUGGCCGCUGGAAGGCCCUUGGAGCCCGGAGGGUGAACUUGGGCCGUCAUGUUCCUUGUGGGCAUCGUGCAAAGCCCGUGCGCUUUGUGAUGUGGUUCAGUCGGUGGCAUGCACCCUCAGCUUGACAUGCAGAGUGACUGCUGCCCCCACCCCCAGCCCCCAGCCUUCUGCGGGGUGGCGACUCAGGGCGGCUGGGAAAGCCCACACUUUUAUGUAAGCACUGUUUUCACACUGUCACAGCUGUGUCCCCAACACAGGCCGUCCUGGGUGGCCUCCGUUGGGCAGAGGACUGCUCCUCUCUGUUCGCAGACACGGUGUCCGUGUGGGGCGAGUCACAGCCCGUAGCGUCCACUCUCUUAAAAGUGCGCAGGUCAGUGGCAUCCACUGCGUUCAUGGAGCUGUGCCCCACCCCACUGGCCAGGCCCAGCUUCAUCCCCCUGGGCAGCCACUCCCAUCCCCCUCCCCGGCCCUGGCGCCCUCCGGUCUGCUGUUUCUGGGGCUCCCUGUCUGGACACUGGGCAAGGGGGGAGUCGUGGCGUGUGGCCUUCAUGCCUGGUGUCACAGCAUGGUGGCUUGGGGGUCCCACCCUUCUCUGGUGCCCUGGGACACUCUGCGGAGUGCAGGUGCCCCCGCUGGUCGUCUGCUCGUGUCAGCCUGGGGGCCGUCCGCGUUCCCGCUGUCACGAAGGAUGCCACCGAGGACGUCCGCGUGCAGGCUCGCGCAGGACCGCGGCUCCGUGUGCCCCAGCAGUGUGCGAGGGUCCCCACGUCAGUGGCCGACACGUGGUAUCACGUCUCUGGUCAGCCGUGCGAGUGUGUACAGGGGUGCCCCCGCCAUUCUGGGGGUCUGGGGCGCAUCCCCAGUGAUUAAUGGCGGGCAGCAUCUUUCCACACGUCUGUUGCCCAUUUGUGGGUCAUCUUUGGAGAAAUUUCCGUUCGGGUCGUCUGCCGUCUUUUAAUUACGUUGCUUUGAAUGGUGAGAGUUCUUUGUCUGUUCUGGGUCGUGGACCUUAAAUGGUUUGUGAGUAUUUCCUGUCAUCUUUUCACUUUCUCCACAGUGUUCUUUGAAUCCAAAAGUCGACCAUGUUGAUGAUGUUCAGCACAUCUCUCUUUUUGUCACUUGUGCUUUCGGUGUCAUAUCUGAGCCACCGUUGCCUGGUGCAAGGUCACGAAGGUGUGCCUCUGUGUUUUCUCCUAAGCGUACUACGGUUCCAGCUUCCUGUUCGUCAGUCACAGCACAUUCGGCGUGAUCUCACGUUCGUUUCAGGUGUACAGCAUAGUGGUGAGACAUUUGCGUCAUUUACGAAGGGACCGGCCGGUUAGUCUGGGGCCCACCAGGCACCAUGCACAGUCAUUACCACAUUAUUGACCACAUUCCCUGUAAUGCACGUCCUCGUGUGGCUUCAGCUCUUAAAUUCAGGUGUUUGAUCCACUUUGAGUUAAUUUUUACACCUGCUGUGAGAUAGGCUCCGUUCUUUCGAGUGUGGACACCGAGCUGUCUGGGCACCACUCGUCGACAAGAUUGUUCCUCCCCCGCUGCGUUCUCUGGGCACCGUGCUGGGCGUCAGCUGACCGUGCAUGCCUGAGCGUAUCUCUGGGCUCCGUCUCUGUCCCAUGCCAGCACCAGCGUCUCGAUUAAUGCAGCUCUGCGGUGAUUCCGGAGUUGGGGACAGUGGGACCCCAACUUUGUUGUUUUUUCGAGGUCGGUUUUGCUAUUCUGGGUCCCUUGGGUUUCCAGGUGAAUUUUAGGAUCAAUUUGUCAAUUUCUGCGAAACGGAGAAAAAGGCAGCGGUGAUUUUGUCACAGGUUGCGUUGAAUCUGUCACCUCGGCAAGUGUCGUCAUCUUAACACUGAGUUUCCUGACUUGCGAACUUGGGCCAUUUUUUCAUUUAUUUGGAUCGUUAUUUCGGUGUUUUGUAGUUUUCAGCGUGCAGGUUUCGUGCUUGUUUUGUCAAAUUUAUCCUAAGUAUGUUAUUCUUUUUACGCCAUUGUAAAUAUAAUUGUCUUCUGAAUUUCGCGUUUGGAUUGUUUGGUGCUGAUACAGAGAAAUACGGCUGACUUUGGUGCGUCGGUCUUGUAUCUGCAACCUUGCUGAACUGGCGUGUGGACUCUGGGGAUGUCCUGUGCACACAGUCACGUCAUCUCCAAACAGGAGAUGCACCUCUCUGGCCGCGCUGGGGCCCUGUGCCUCUUCCUGCACCUGCCGCCUGGCGUGUGCCUCCGGCGUGGCGUCCGCAGUGGCGCCGACAGAGGCGUCCUCAUCCUGGUCCCCGUCUCGGAGGAAGAGCCUCUGCCUGUCACCGCCGAGUGUGACGUGGGCCGUGGGUUUGUCGUUUCGUUCAUGACUUCCGCUACGUUGAGGUAGCUCCUUCUGCUCCUACCUCGUGGAGUAUUUUUCAUGAAGGGACGAGGAGUUUUGUCCACGUUUAUUGAAACGACCGUGUCGUGCCUUGUGCAUCACAUUCGCUUUUCCUCCUCGAGUCAGCGCCAGUAGUUUGUGUGUUUCCAGAAGUUCGUCUGUUUCAUCUAGGCUGUUAUAAUUUGUCGGCUUACAAUUAUUUGUGGUAGAAAUAAUCUUUAUUUCUGUAAAGUGGUAGAAAUGAUUUUGGAGAUUCGAGUCUUCUCUUUUUUUAUUUUCUUGGUCAGUCUAGCUAAAGGUUUAUCAAUUUUACUGAUCUAUUCAAAAACCAACUUUCGGCUUUGUUGAUAGUCUCUUUUUUCCAUUCUUUAUUUCAUUAGUUUCCACCCUAAUCUUUAUUAUUUCGGUGGGGUUAGUUUUCCUUCUAGUUUCUUACGGUGGAAGAUUAGCUUAUUGAUUUGAGAUAUAGCUUCUUUUGAGCAUAGGUGUCACGUGGUGAACGCACAGCGCAACAUCCGUAUGACCUCGUAUUGAAUCGUGCACUUGAAACCUGAGUAAUCCUGUUAACCAGCGUCACCCCAGUAAGUUCAACUAAAACAAACAGCAGGUGUUCACAGCCGCGGACGCCUCACCCGCGCCCCCGGUCUCGUGCCUCUGCCGGAGCCUGCCUUCCCCGUCACUCACUCAGGAGCUCGCCGCGUUCCCACAGUCGUGAAUUUCCCAGCUUUCCUUCCGGUGCUCGAGUCCCGAUUUCAUCCCCUGGGGCCAAAGAACACGUUUCUCUGCGCUCAGCCGUCUGAGGUCAGGGACUGGUUUUGUGGCCUGACACGUGGUCUGUCCCGGAGGACGGCGAGGUGCCCGCACUGCCGGCCGGCCCCUCCCGGGCUGGUUUCGGCCCCGUCCUCCGUCCGCCACGGAAGGUGGGGUGUCGGCGUCCCCACCCACCCCUGUCGGACCGACUGCUUCUCCCGCGCUCCUGCCAGGUCUUGCCUCAGGUAUUGGGGCUGUGCGUGAGCGUGUACUGCGGGCUCCGUGCCGGGCCACCAGCGCAGUGACGUGCAUCUCGGAGUGAGUCGGAGCCUUUCCGCGGUGGAGGGUCUUGCGCCCAGGGGAGCGCGGUCACGGGCGGCGCCGGUGCGCGUGGGCCGCGCUUCCUCCCUCGGGGACUGACCUAAUUACGCGGCCUCUGCGCCUCUAGGAACUGUCUCCGUCUGUGUCUCUUGUGUGGCGUCAGCAUAGCUUUUGGGCGUCGUUUGCAUGGUGUAUCUUUCUCUCUCCUUUUACUUUUCAUUUUAUCUCUGAAUCUAAAGAGUUUCUUAGAGCAGCGCAUAGUUGAUCAUGGUUUCUAAUCUAUUCUGCCGAUCCCUGCUGCUCGAGUGGGGCGUUUAAUCCGCCUCCCCUUAACGUAAUUGCUGAUAAGGUAAGAUUUAUGUCUCCCGUUUCUGUUUGUUUUCUGCAUGUCUUCUUUCCCUUUCCUCCUCUGCCACUUCUUUCCUGAGUGUUAAAUGGGCAUUUAUAAUGCAGUCUAGUUUGAGUGAACACCAGCUUCAUUUCGGUGACAUACAAAGCUUUGCUCCAGUCUAGCUGUCCCCCCCAAGCUCUGUGUGCUAUUUUUGUCAUGCAAAUGAAAUCUUUAUAGAUCGUAAGCCCAUCAGCGUAGUUCCGUAAUUAUUGCUUUAUGCAGUUGUCUUUUAAAUCAGAUAGAUGGGGAAAAAAAGGGUUUGCAGCGAGAAGCGCAUCCGUAGAGUCUUUUAUUGGCUGUGUGGUCGCCUUCGCCGCUGUUCAUUUCUCUUUGGGAUGUGAGUCGUGUCUUUUGCUUGGUCCUAGAAGACGCCCAUUAGUAUUUUUUGUCGGGAGGGUCUACUGAAAACGAAAGUUCUCUCCACGUUCGUUUCCCUGGGAAAGUCUUCAUUUCUCCGUCACUUUUGAAAAACGGUUUUGCCAGAUACGGGGGUUUUUUCUCUCGGCACCUCGAAGGGGCCGUCCCGCCGCCUCUGGCCUCCCUGGCUUCUGACGGGAGCCAGCUGUCUGUGCACGGCCAGCAGGGUUUCUCCUUGCCGCUUGCAAGAUGCCGUCUUUGUCUUCAGAUGCUGUAACUCAGAAGUGUCUGGGUGUGGAUCUGUGCGUGUGCGUCCUCGUGGAGUUUGUUGGGCUUUGGGGACGCAGAGAUGGCUUUUCCUCACACUCGGGCCGUUUUGGCCAUCGUCUCCUCAGAGGUUUGUCCUGCCCCUUCUCCCGUCGCCGGGCGCUGCCGUGUGUGUCGGUGGCCGUGGCGUCCCCCUGGGCUCCGAGACCCUGCUCACUUUCCUCACUCUUCCCUUGCUCAGGCGGGACCCAGUGGUCCGUCUGCAACGUCCGGCUUCUUCACCGACUAAAGUCCGGCAACCUCCUGGUGAACUCCGCAUGUCAGCGCUUGACUCCUCAGCUCUAGAACUCUCCGUGGCUCCCUCCUGCACCUUUCGUCUGCUCACGGACGUUUCCUAUGUGCUGCAACGUCAUUCUCACACUUUGAUUCCUCGAAGUGUGAGCAGGCGGCUCACUCGGGGCCUUACUGCUGUUUCUUUACGCGUCUCAUAAUUUUCGUUGUUGGAAAUUGGACAUUUCAAAUACUAUGACGUGGCCGCUCUGGCGGUCAGACUCUACCCCUUCUGGAUUGUUUGGUUGUUGCUGUUUGCCUGUUGAGCGUCUGGACGAACUCCGUAAGCUCUGCAUCCUUUGCCGUGCUUGGCCACCGAGUCUCUGCUUGGUUAGCUAGGGGCGAGCUAAUGGCUGCACAGAAGUUUCCUUAAAUGCUUUGAUGCGGUGAGUCUUGCAGUUUUUACCAACAAGCUGUGUGUGUGUGUGGCGGGGGGGGCACCUUCCACACUCAGCCGGGCGGUCGCCAGCUCUGCCUUAGGACUUCCUCCUCCCCGAGCAGAGCCGCGGUCAGCCCGGGCGAGAGCUUAGGGCCUUCUUGGGGCCUUUGAGAUUUGGGGCCAGCUUCUUGUUGACCCCAACUGGUGUCACCACUGCAGGCAGCCACGAUGUUAAACUGUGCCGCUGAUUGCUUUCGACAAGCCCGCCUGAGCCAGUCGAGUCAGGGCGAACAAAGACACGCCCCGUGAGCGCGGUGGCUCCGGCCAGCGGCCAGACAAGCCAGACCGUCCUCCGAGGACGAGGCCUCUGGGCUGCCCCGCACCCGCUCCCCUUCCAGGGGCCGUGGGGCUGCCACGGAGCCGGAGAGCCGGGGGUGGGAGGAGCACGAGGUGGAAGCCGCAGAGCUCGCUUUCGCCGAGACUCAGCUGUUUUCUUGAGAAAACACCCCUUGGCAUUUUACAGGUCUUGGGUUAAUUCCCAGCGUUCUGAGCAGCUGAUUCUGUCACGUCUGUCCACUGCUCUGGGGCAUCCCAGGCGAGGCGGUGUCCCAGCCCUCUGUCCGCCUUGGGGAGGGUGACGUUCGCGUGGGGGGCAGGGCUCGAUGGCCGCCCGGGGCUCCUCCUGGCCUCCCGCCGCUCCCAGCCGUCCUGCAGCAGAUGUCCCUUUGCGCGUGGACGUGGCCCGGGCGCCGGCUUCCCAGAGGUGGGGCUGCGGGGCCGGCGUUUGUAGGGGCCCAGCGUGGGAGACCGCGUCUCUGCAGAAGCGCAGGGGCCGAGCGGGCUCGCUCCAGCCAUGCCGCCCCCUCCGCGUGCCCCCGGCAAGCGACCCGCCGGGCGGCCUGGAGGGCGGAAUCCGGUGACGGACCCUGCUCCGAGGGGUGGGACGGACACUUCGUGUCCCGGAGCGGCUGUCCUUGUCCUCCGCAGAUCACACGUCCCGCCCCGUGCUCACACUCUGUUGGGUCUUUGGUUUAUUAUUAAAAUGUAAGAGCUUUUUCCUUCAAGAAAACUAGCUCUACGUGGUGAGUUGCAAAUAUUUUCUCAGUUUGUUCUCUGAUUUUGCUCUUUUUUGCCAUGCAGAUUUUUUUUUAUGCACUUGAAUUUAAUCUUUCAUGGCUUCUGAGUUUGCUGUUUCUUCCCCACUCAAAGAUUAUACAAAAAAGUCCUUCCAUACUCCCUCCCAGUACCUUUAUGGGUUUCAUCUUUAUGUUUUAAUCACUGAUCUGUUCACUUAUUUUAAUAUAAAACAUGACCCAGGAAGUCUCAUUUUUUAUGUCAGAUAGCUACUCAGUUUUCCCAACCCCUUAUCGAUGAAUCCAUCGCUGUAGCUCUGGAACACCUGUCCCGUAUUAAAGCGCUCUUCGGAGUGGUCCCGUU